AACCAGAGGCUCAGACCAACCCGAACCGAUUAUCAGGUUCGGCGUGGAAACUAUUUGACGCAACGCCUGCACUUCGCGCAAAUCACAAUCAUAAUUACGUUUUCUUCUUCUCUCUCUCUAUCGGCGUUUAGAGAGAGAACAUCGCCGCCGGAAACUACUCCGGCGAUAACAUGACCUCCGGUUCCUUCCGUCCAUCAGACCUUUGAUGCGCCGAUCGUCGGCCCGUACUCGUGCCGGUUCGAAUCGCAACGACGAAAUGGAUCCGAUCAAAACACGCUCCACCAACCUCUUCGCUCGCAACCCUAAGUCCGCGCCAUCGCGUUCCCUCUCUUCCGUCCUCCUCCUCAUUCUCGGGCUCUCGUUCCUCUUCCUCCUCUCCUACUGUGCGUUCUCCCACUCUGAAAGUAGUUUCCGGUACCGGAUAAUCGUCGACGGCGGCAGCACAGGCACCCGCGUGCACGUGUUUAAGUACCGGUCGGGCAGGGCGUUGCAUUUCGGGAAGGAGGGUUUGGCCUCGAUGCGCGUUAACCCGGGGCUGUCGGCGUUCUCGGAGGAUCCGGUUGGGGCGGGCGGGUCGGUAUCGAAGCUGGUGGAAUUCGCGAAAGGGCGGAUCCCGAGGGUUUGUUGGGGGGAGACGGAGAUUCGGUUGAUGGCAACGGCAGGGUUGAGAAUGCUGGACUCGGAGGUGCAGGAAAGGAUUCUGGAGUCGUGUAGGAAGGUGUUGCGUAACUCUGGGUUCAAGUUUAUGGACCAUUGGGCUUCUGUUAUCACAGGUUCUGAUGAAGGAGUUUAUGCUUGGAUUGUUGCUAAUUAUGCACUUGGCACUCUUGGAGGUGAUCCUUUGGAUACAACUGGGAUUGUUGAACUUGGUGGUGCUUCUGCUCAGAAUGCUGCUCAUGACUCAUGGAAAGAAGGACUUGUAUCAGGAAAAUUUGGUUUGGCUUCUCAAUCUCUUCAAGAAAGGUUGCGGAUAGAUCCUUGUACUCCUACUGGGUACUCUUACAGUGCUGAGUCAUUGAAGUUGCCUCCUAGCUCCGAGAGUGAAAAGGUCCGUUAUCUUUCCACUGUCCAAACUAUGGGGAACUUCUCAGCAUGCAGAUCGGCCGCACUUAUGUUGCUACAAAAAGGGAAAGAAUCAUGCUCCCAUCAACAUUGUGAUAUGGGAUCAACUUUCAUACCAUAUCUUCGGGGGAAUUUUCUGGCCACAGAAAAUUUCUAUCACACAUCAAAGUUUUUUGGAUUGCGGCCAAAGGCCUAUCUGUCCAAGUUGAUUACUGCUGGGCAAGAAUUCUGUGGAGAGGAUUGGUUAAGACUGAAGGAAAAAUAUGUUUCCCAUAAUGAGGAAGAUUUACUUCGGUAUUGCUUCUCUUCAGCAUAUAUUGUUGCUCUGCUUCACGACAGUCUUGGAAUUGCUUUGGAUGAUGAGAGGGUCAAGGUUGCUAAUCAGGUGGGAAGCAUUCCGCUUGAUUGGGCCUUGGGAGCUUUUAUUCUGCAAACAACAGCUGAUGCAGAUAUACAGAACCAUAACUGGAUUGCCACCAUUUUCAGUGAUGAAUCGCCUACUCUCCUCUCAAUUAUUGGAUUUUUAUUAGUGUUGUUAACGGCAUGGUCUAUAUCUAGGUGGAGGAAACCUCAGUUGAAGACAAUAUAUGAUCUAGAAAAAGGACGAUAUAUAAUCACGCGCAUUGGUAGUAGAUAAGGCUUGAUGGUAGCGGAGAUCAUGGUUCUUGGUUUACAUACGCGGAGGCACUGUUAUGAUUAUGAUGAAAAUAUUUAUCCUUUUCUAACUUGAUGGUUAACUACGGAAGGCCAUGCCAGCCGAGGCUCAAAAAUAGUAUGGGGUUGGACUUUGGAUGCGGUAUAUGGAGUGGAACUAGUGUAGAGUAGGACGUAUAUUUGUUGUUUAGUGGAAUUCAGGAAUUGUUUGUUGCGCCACUCGCUUCACUGGCUACAGAUAACAGUAAGGCAAGAAGUGGAGCAGGUCAGCCUAGGAAUUGCUAGGAGGAACUAAAUGCCGCAUCCUUCAACGGAAAACACCUUAUGUGCUAUAUUUGUAUCAAACUCUACAAAAGUUUGUCAUUUGCUACAUACAAAAGAAAUUCAUUAUUCCCUACCUGGGAAGCUAGUUGCGGAAGCUGUUUUUAUUUUAGGCUUCAUGAUUUUAUUAGAUUGGCUUCGAAAUUUGAAUGAUAUCUCAUUAGUUUGUGGUGUAAGUAACUAGCUCAAUGUUUCGUGUAACUAAAUACACGUGUUUUGUUAUAUUCUACGACUGUGCACAAAAUCAAAGUAAUUCCAAAUAUUCCAUUGGA